CGCACCCCCAUUCGAGGCCUCGGCUGUCAGUCACCGGGUCUCCGAACAGUGAUUUCUCUCCGGCACCCGGUGAUCGGCGAGUAUCUCUGACAGGGAAGAGACCUGUGUAUAUACAACAUAGAUCUCUCUCCUGUCAGCUCCUUCACACUGCUUUAUAUGGCUAUGCAUAGCAGAGCCAGUGGAAAGCACAGACACAGCCUCAUAGCAAAACAGCACACAGUUAACCCUUUUAUCACCACAGAUGUUAACCCCUUCCUGCCCAGUGCCAUUAGUAUAGUGUUAGUGCUUUUUAUUAGCACUGAUCACUGUAUUGGUGUCACUGGGGAUGUCGUUGACACCAAGUUAGUUCCCCCCCCAGUGUCAGAAUGCCCGCCGCAGUCCCACUAUAAGCUGCUG